CACCCUUAUAAAAUAAACAUAAACAAGAAAGUUUUCGCAAGUUUUGCAAGACUAGUGAUUUCCAAAAAUUUCGCAAAUUAAAUUUUCCGAAGUUUUUAAAUUAUUCCUGCGUGAUUUCCUGACCCCCGCAACAUCCCGUCCCAAUGGCCCACAUCAACUACACGGACGGCCUGGUUCGGGAGUACGUGCUGUUUCGGGGAUUUUCCAGCACGCUAAAAUCCUUCGACAACGAGCUGAAAAACGACAAAGACAAAUCCUUCCGGGUUGAUAAGCUAAUUGAUCAACUGAUGCAGCUGAUCCAAACGCACGAUCUGCAGGGAUGCCGGGAUCUGUGGGCGCACUUGAACAACCACCUGUUUCGCAACCUGGAGCACAGUUUUACGGCGGCUGUGAACAAGUUGGAGCAAUCGAUCCUGAAAUUGUAUCUUGUUAUUGCUUAUUUGUCCAGCAAACCGGACAAGAUCAACGAGUUCUUCGCGAAGUUGGCUCCGGAGCUGGUAUCCCAAAGCGAGUGGAAGGAGUGGUUCUACUUUCCCUUCUGCAAAAACCCCGAGGAGCAUUCCGCGUUUGCCGUGUGCUUCACCAAGCAGUGGCAGGACACGCUGCUUAUUUCGCUGCACAACUUCCUCUCCACGAUCUACCAGUGCAUGCCCCAGCCGACCAUUUCCAAGGUGGAAGCCGAGAGCAGUCUGCUGCGGAAGCUGCAGGAAGAGAACGCCCAGCUCCGCGCCAAACUACAAUCCAUCCAGCCCCAGCAGUCCGGUUCCGGCGCCGGUUCCUCGCACCAAUCGCGUCUGUCCACGCUGGACGGCAAGACGCGCUACUCGCGACCCAUCUCCGGUAGCCAGCAAACCCUGAACGACAUCGCGCCCUUUGACAUUCCUCCGCCGGCGCACAUCGUCGACGAUUUCUACAUCAUCGCGCAGGAAUCGAACAACAUUGGCAGUGCGGCGGAAUCGCAGGCUCGCGGACUCAAGUCGCUGAUCAAGAACAUCAGCUCGGGCGGGAGUCCGGUGCUGGGACGGAAGGACACCGCAUCCGAGAGGAACAAGAAACGCUCGGGAAGCGUUGGAAGUCGUGGCAACUGGAUUCAUAGCUAAGGGAGUGACGUGAGUAAUUGUUAUCUUUUUGUGAGUGUGUUUAGCGAAUUUAUUGUGUUAUGGAAUAAAGGAUCUCGUAAUUAUUACUCAGUAAA